UGGAAUGCGAGUUGUAUUGGGGAACCCCGCCAAAAACCGUGUAUUUUACUCCCCGGAACGCGAUUCUGAGUAGAAAUUAGGCGGGUUUUCUUGUGAAAACCUGGCAACCCUGAGUUACCGGACUCGGGAAGAUGGCGGCGGCCGCCGGAGCGCUUCUUCCCGGUGACGGGAUCGUGAUCGCGGGAAAACUCUACUCGGGGGUCGCGCUCACGCUGGACACCUGCCUGCUGCCGCACGAGAGCGCGCACUGCAGCCCCUCGCGCGUGCACGGACUGUCCGCGCGCACAGAGGAGCGGCUUCGGAACCGGAUGUGCGAGAUGAUCCAGAGCGCGGGAAUUCUGCUCCGCUUGCCUCAGGUUGCCAUGGCAACAGCCCAGAUCCUGUUCCAUCGGUUCUUCUACUGCAAAUCGUUCGUGAGACACUGCGCGGAGACGGUGGCCAUGGCGUGUCUUCAGCUGGCGUCUAAGAUCGAAGAGGAGCCGCGGCGCGUGAGGGACGUGCUGAACGUCUUCCAGCACCUCAAAGACGCCGCAGGAGACAGGCGCCGCGGCCCCAUGCUGCUGGACGACGGCUACGUCAGCCGCAAGAGCGACGUGAUCAAAGCAGAGCGGCGUGUCCUGAAAGAGCUCGGCUUCUGCGUCCACGUCAAACACCCGCACAAGGUUUUCCUUAGUAGAAACUGGUGUCGCUUUAUGAUGGGAAUCUGGGUUUGGCUGCGCUCUGCGAACGUUUGGUCGACGUUCUUUCUCAGCGCGUUUCAUUUCCAAACGCUGCGUCGGGUUGCUCCGCCUGUCACGAACAUCCACGGCCAUCCCGGACCCCCCAGGUCCCUUAUCUUUGGGUUGUGCCUCAUCUGGAGCCUCAAUCUGAUCUACUCCAUCCCAGCGUUCAUCUUCUCCAAGAACGGAGACAAGAACUCCACCGAGUCACUGAUGUUGGUGAGCAGCACCACGCGACCGCUGCUUGGCUGCAUCUGGAACUUCCCGUCGGUCUACAGCGGCCUGGCCUUCGCCACCUCCUCCAUGGUCAUCCAUGAAAUGAUUCCCAUCUUCUUGAUGAGUGCCACAAACCUGGGCUCCUUGCUGACGCUGUACGCUCAUGGACAAACGCGAAGAGCCGCCAAAAAGAGUCCGGACGCGCCGAUCAUCACCCGGAUCCCCGCGGAGCGACGGGCCGCUAAGGUGAUUCUGGCUCUGAAUGUCCUCUUUAUCUCGUCUUGGGGCGCCAGCAUCAUCUCCGUCAACUACUUCAACUAUAACCGCGGAUCUUCCACCUCGUCCACGGAGUUCCUGCUCAUCGUCGCUCGCAUCGCCAACAUCACCUUCAUCGCGCUGUCGCCCAUCGUCCUCGCCGUGGGCCACAGGAAGCUCAGAGCGUUCAUAAAGUCAAUUCUGUCGUGUAUAAUCUGACAGACAGCUGUCUCACUCUAUAUGGACAGACAAGCUACAGAUAUCAAAGACAUAUCACAUUAUAUUCUGCAUCAUAAAAGUGUGUUUCUGUGUGUCACAUUAUUCAU